UGUUAGUUGGAUUAUGAAUUACAAGUUGCAAAGAAACUAAUUAAUCUGCUGUAUUGUGGAUUUUUUCAUUAAGUACUGUUGAUAGCUGUAUUCACGGGAUUACGGUAAUAUAUUAGCCGUAUUUCAUUUACUAGUUUUUGUAUCCUUUUGAUUUCUUUCUUUGGAAAUAGAGUACCAAGGGCAAGGUGUACUAGUACCAUCGAAAUUUUCCAACUUUAGCAAAUACAAUCCUGAAGAAAUCUGUUUUUGCCACUUGAAAAUAAUAGUUCGGUACCCCUAGGCCCUAGCACACCUGAUCUUCAUCUCUCUCUCAGUUUCCUCUAGGCAUCUAGCUGCUAACAUGUCUGCUGCUAGAGAAUUAGUAGGGGAUGAUGGUGAUAAUCAAUCUCACCAGGAAAUAAUGAUAGGAUUACUUAAAGUAAUGGCUGACUCACAAGCAAAACAAGCAGAUUCUCUACAUCAAAUUAAGGAGAUAUUAAGAAGUAAUAGUAGUUACAAAAAUGAUGAGGAAAAGCAGAAAGUUUUCGAAAAUCCAUCCCUAUUGUGUCUGAAUCAGCCAGUGAACACGAACCUGCCAUCAGUAGCAGUGUAUGAGGAGGAGAUAAUACGGGUGAUACCUGAUGAUCUUAAAGAACAAUAUCUGCAGCCAUUUGAACAUCGGCAACGACUGCAAUUGAGUGAUUUGACAGGACAACAAACUAUAAUAGACCAGGAGCUUCAGUCUGAUGAAGAGGGUAGUCAAGUGGUGAAUGAAUAUGUUUUGGAUGGAUACGAGCAGCUCUAUGAGGCAGCAGUUAAUGGUGACUGGGACGAGGCUAGUAAAUUCCUGGAGGAGAAUCCAGAAGCAAUUACGAAAGCCAUCACUAAUAAUUUACACACAGCGUUGCAUAUAGCUGUAUUUAGAAUGGUGGAUUUAAUGUUUGUGAGGGAGAUUAUAAAACUCAUGCCUCUAGAAGCACUUGAAAAAAAAACAGCAGACGGGUUAACAUCACUACAUCUUGCUGCCUUAUAUGGAUAUACUAAAGCCGCUGAGUUGAUUGUAACGAAGAAUCCAAAGACAACCCAGAUAUUAAGCGAGGACGAAUAUGAAUUGGUGCCACUUGAAAGUGCUAUUCGAACAGUCACCGUGGGACAAAAAGAAACAGUUGAGUACCUUUAUUCCGUAACCAGACACGAGCACCCCAGUCCGUUUUCGGGUCAUCGUGGUGCUAAGCUAUUGUAUAAGACAAUUGAUGCCGGUUUCAACGAUAUCGCAUUAUCUAUUGUCCAGCGGUUUCCGAGACUAGUUACCCAGAGGACGAAAGAAGAUAACAUAUGUGGAUUGGAAUUGAUGGCAGAAAGGCCAUUUGCAUUUAGGAGCGGAGCGAAGCUUACACUCUGGCAACGCUGCAUCUAUUCACUCAUUCAAGUGAACGUUGAUUCAACAUAUGACCAGGACACCCAAGCAAAGGAUGGAUCACAUCAUUCAAACAGCUCAGUAGACACCAGAAGUAGCAUAGAGGGGUCUCUUGAAAGCUUGGAAGGAACCAAUAGAGACGAGGAGAACCCUCCUGAAAGAUUUGAGGUUUCCAAUGAAGACAAAGAAAACCAGUCCUCAAGCUUAGAUAACAUGCAAGGAGAUGAGGCCGAAGAACACCAGUCCUCUAGCUCAGAUAACACACAAGGAGAUGACGAGAACCACCAGAAAGUUCAAAUGUUUCGAUCAGCAGUAAUCAGGGAAAGCUGAUCAAGCUCAUCUCGGCUUACUGUAUGCCCUCCAUAAAACAAGUGCCUCGUUUCAAACAAAUAUAUGAACAAUUAUACAACGAAAAAAUGAUGCAUAAACAAGCUCAUGAGUUGGUUGAAUGCAUGCUUACUCAACUCGAUAAAAGAAUGAAUACCCAAGAAGUUGAUGCCUUCUUUG